CGUAAUUUGUAAACUCUUCACAACUCCAGAACUUGUUCUCUCAAUCCAUUCACUUCUAUUAUACCUUUUUAUUUAAAUAUAGAAGCCUCAGAUUCAGCUUCUUAGUUAUUUUAACGACGCGACUUCGUAUAUUAAUUUCAAAAAGGUAUCGAAUGCUUCAUGUUGAAGGACUUGGAAUUUCGUGACAAACAGAUUGUUACGCGUUGAUGUUCCUCAUUAUCUUCAACACAUUCAUCCCAUCUCCAACUUAAAUACUUGCCCAUAUAACGCCACGCCUCGAUUAAUUUGAUGCUUUCAUCGGCACACCUUCCUUCAUCAUGACGGACAACCAAGCGGAAUCCGAUUUUCGCUCCAUCGUCAAUGCUGCUGCUGCAACGUGGUAUUCGCGGCAUACGGGCUCACCAGAACAUAUCCAAUCUAACGGCAGUAGUCAACAGGAAGCCGCUUCCGACCACGUAGAUGAAAAUGGUGGUCCGGCAAUAAAUGACCCAGCAGCGAAUGGGCCGGCAUUUCGUAGUGAUCUGACUGCUUGGGAAAGCGCAUUGGAAGUUCUACCGGAUGAUAUGAAGAAUAUGCCACUCCCGGUUCACCCGCUCGCCCAAGCUUUGGCAGAGCAGAAUACCUUGCGUCAGGUCGAAUGGAAUCCAUAUAGGCAGCAAGGUGGAUUCAAGCCAAGGACAGCCGUUGACUAUAGUUCCUUGAUGAUCUACUUAUCAGGCCAAGUCAACCCAAAUCCGUGUCGUAAUUGUCGGUUGAAAAAUGGCCCCUUCACCCGCUGCGUCGUGGCACCUCCCUCAGUACUCGCAUUGAGCAGCCUUAAGCACGCGUGUGCCAACUGCACUUACCAGAACCAGCACAAGAAGUGUACUAAUAUCCCUAUUGAUGAUGAGGAAUUGGUGGCAAGGAGUCGCAUGGCUAGAUCGACACAAAAAUUGAAAAAUCCCGCUCUGAGGAAGCCUCCUGGCCGUAGACCCAAGUCUGUUUCUGAUGGCACUCCUCACUAUACGCCAAAGUACAAGCCGGAUCAUGGGCAUAUGAUUCGGAAACCCACAGCGCAGAGCAUCACUGCAGAUGCGUUCGGCGACAAGCUCCGUCAAGUUCGUUCAUGGUCACCGCGAUCUCGACGGCGGAUGAAGGCUGAAGUAAUGCAAUGGCAAGCAGCGAUCAUGACGAUCGAGGCUGAGAAUACCCGAUCUCCGCGUAUGGGCCGCGUUCUCGAGGGUCAAGGCCAGCUUGAUAUAUCCAAUAAGCAUAUUGGCCUCCCACCUACUUCGCAAACCUCCUCGCACCCCGGUGGAUCUUAUUUGGGUUUGGCUGGCGCUGCUUCAACGGACGAGUCUUUGGAUGAAAUGGAAGCUGAGGAAUAUAGCGAGAUGUAUAGCCGGCGGCAGAUGGCAGAGGAUGAUGAAGACGAAAACGAAGGAGAGAGUGACUACGAAGGCUCGCCGUGGGUUGGUUUCCAAGGCGUAGGACCCGGACUAAGACCUCCUCUUUAAGGAGUGGUAUGCAGUCUAAAAUAUAGAUAUAUAUAAAAGGGCCGCAUUUUAACGUUCACGAAACACUUGAACCUGUUCAAUUAUCUCGACACAUCUGCUGGAUCUAUCCGAUUAUUCACUUGGCCACCUGGCUUCGUGUGUUCCUCUUAAACAGC